AUGUUCUCUAACGAUCAUCACCAACCUGGCGAGCCAUCCCACGUUGAGCGUCAGCCUACUGAUUGCAGGAGGCCAGUCAUCAUCGGUCUGUAUGGUCUCCCUGGCUCUGGGAAAACUUACUGGUUGGACAAACUGAAGCAGGAACUCAGCGAUGGAAACUUCAUAUGCUACGAGGGUAGCCAUGUGAUUGCAGCCUUGACCCCCGGGGGGCUUGAUGCAUUCCAGCAAUUAUCAGAAGAUGCAAAAGUCGAGUACCGUCAUCGCGCCAUCGCAAAAAUUGAGGGGGAGUGUCGUGAUAGUGGAAAAAGUGCCAUUGUUGCCGGACAUUACAUGUUCUGGCCCGAAGAGGACGAGCAUGGUCGAUCAGUUUGUGUACAGGGGGAUUUGGAAACAUACACACAUAUUCUAUAUCUGAAUAUUUCUCCUGCAGCAAUUGCAGAAUAUCGGUCGAAUGACGUGAAGCGAUACCGACCGACUGCAUCCAUCGCACAUCUGAGAAAAUGGCAGGAGACUGAGAAAAGCCAGCUAAGUCGUCUUUGCAGAUCCAAUCACAUUCUCUUUACAACCGUGUCCCCAUCUCGGAUAUCCGCGAGCAUGCUGUGUUCCCUUAUUCAAGAGUUUCGAGACCACACAGAAGAUGGAAACCUGAAACUUGCCAAAGAAAGAGUGGAUAAGCUCGUUGCUAUCGGCCCUGAAAGACUUGAAACAAUCUUGGUAUUUGAUGCAGACAAGACGUUGGCAGCUCAGGAUAGCGGAGUAAUCUUUUGGGAGCAAGUCUGUGAGAAAUCGACUGAAAAAGACCGCAUCAGCCUCCUGAAAACUUUGUUUGGCGGUCCCCUGCAGUAUUCGUACACUGCUUUCCGCCAAGCCACUUUGCUCUACGAAGAAGCCGUUGAUGACGAUGAAUUUGAUCGUUGUUGCUCAGAAGUGGCAUCAAUGGUAUCUAUGCACUCCGAAAUCGUUCAAUUCUUGCACUUUGUCCGGGAUUACAGCCAUGUUCGUGCAGUCGUUAUUACUUGCGGACUAGGUGCUAUAUGGGAGAGGGUCCUCCGCAUGGAGGGUCUUUCGAAUACUGUCAAAGUGAUUGGGGGUGGCCGCUUGAGUGACGGUUUGGUCAUCACACCGGCAGUCAAAGCUGCGUUGGUGUCACACCUACGUACUACACACCAGCUUUACGUUUUCGCAUUUGGUGACGGUCCGGUUGAUCUGGAGAUGCUUCAAGCGGCUGACCAGGCUAUUGUUGUGACUGGCGAUGAAGAAAACAGGAGCAAAACGAUGGAGAAUAAGCUGGCAGAUGUCCUUGGCAUAGAUGGAUUUCACCCCCGGCAGGUGCUUCUCCCACCAAGUACAAAACCUCGUCUGGAUACGUCUCGGUUACCUCUGGUUCGACUGAUGAGCCGGGAUUUUAUGGACAUGGCUCUCGGUCGCCAUCAAGAUUUGAAUAUUAUUCAUGCUACCGAGCGAUCCGCUGCCAAGCUACUCAUGACAUCGAUGCGCGAUGCUUCUGUUUCGGGACCUGCUCUAAGAGAUAUCCAUCAUCGUGUUGGAUGGUACCUUGCGACAGAGUUCUGCACCCGAAUCAUUGGCAUCGAACCAUAUCCGAUUAAACAUGUUCAGGGCCACGAGACUGACGGUUAUCGGCUCCUGCAUGAGAAACAAACAUUGAUUGUGCCGCUCAUGCGUGGAGGCGAACUGAUGGCCUUCAGUGUGAAUGAGGCUCUACCGCUCGCCAUAUUUCUACAUGCGAAGCUUCCAAGUGAUAUCCAACGCCAAAAUUUGGCCAACAUCGUCACAGUCAUCCUGGUCGACUCGGUGGUGAACAGCGGCAAAUCAAUUCUAGACUUCGUGCAGCAUAUUCGUAGCCUUCAUGGUACUAUUCGCAUCGUGAUAGUUGCUGGAGUCAUACACUCCCAGACGAUCUCUGCGGGCAGGAUUGCCCAGACGCUUGGUCGAAUCCGAAACCUCUCCUUUGUUGCCUUGCGUCUAUCAGAGAACAAAUUCACCGGCAGAGGAACUACUGACACGGGUAAUAGACUGUUCAACACAACGCAUAUGCCUUGA